AUGACAGUCGAACAUUUAUUUGGUCCCUAUGAACCAGGCAAAUAUACAUUUGGUCAACACUCUCAAAACUCAAUAUUUUUCGAAUUUAAGAUUGAGAUUUUAAAACAACACAAUUUGAUUUAA